UAACAAGCAAGUUCCUAGCAGCUUCUUCCUCUGUUUUCAGUGUAUAAAUUCACCUUAAAACAUUCCCAUGAACCCAUCUGCGAUCUGCUUCUCUUUUUUUAUCACCCCCUCUCUAUCUCUCUCUGAAACGCUUCUUUCUUAUUUCGUUUGUUUGUAUCAUACUUAUAAACCUGUGCUCAAGUCUUGAGCUAUUGUAUCGAUACUUCUCUUUUAGAUAACAUGGGAGUUGGAGGCACUCUGGAUUACUUGUCUGAUCUAAUGGGCGGUGAUGACCGUCACAAGAAGAAGAAGAAGCAAUUACAGACAGUGGAACUGAAAGUGAGGAUGGACUGUGAUGGCUGUGUGCUCAAGGUUAAGAAGGCUCUCUCGUCCUUAAGUGGAGUAAAAUCGGUGGACAUAAACAGAAAGCAGCAGAAAGUGACAGUAACUGGGUAUGUAGAAGCAAACAAGGUGCUCAAGGCGGCCAAAUCAACAGGGAAGAAGGCUGAGAUUUGGCCCUACGUGCCAUACAACUUAGUGGCUCAUCCUUACGCUGCGCCAGCUUAUGACAAGAAGGCUCCUCCUGGUUAUGUCAGGAGAGUAGAGAACACUGCUUCCACUGCAGCCGUGACAAGUUACGAACACCCUUAUGUUACCAUGUUCAGCGAUGAAAACCCCAACGCCUGCUCUAUCAUGUAGAUGAUUGAUGAGAACAAAAAUUAGUAUAUAUUUUCCGGAUGGCACUGUAAAAUUUUAUUUCAAUGUGAGUUCUUUUAUUUUCUUAUUC